CUAUCUAUAUGCUUAUAUAGAAAAAUUAUACUCAAAAAGCGGGUUGACUUUUGAUGAACGGAGAUGUCCGUUUUAUAUAUACUACUCUUUCGUUUUAAAUGAUCUAUUUGAAAAUGAUGUCAUUUUUAAUACGAGUACAGCUAUGGGUUGGACUUUGUUUUCAAAUUAAUUUUCUUCAUGUUGGAGCAUCCGUCUGUCCUGUUGCGGCAUCCGUGCCAAAUCUUGUAAAAAGGUCAAGAACUUAUCAAGCCGAUGGGAUUCGAGGUAGUGAUCCGUACGUAGACGACAGCAGUCUAUUGCCAGGAUGGUAUAGCACAAAGACAUCAGACGGACAAUACCUAAUGCCUGAUAUUGACUCACUUCCGGUAUAUAAGUUCUGUGGAACUGUCCAGCCCAUUUACCUAAAAGAGCAGCAUCCAAACAUUGAAAGUAUGACCGACAAUGUAGCAGAGACAGUUAUUGUGUGCGAAUUAUAUCCAUUUGACGAUUGCCUGAACGAAUGGACAAUUGAAAUAAAAAAAUGUGGUGAUGAAGUACAGUACUAUCUUGUACAAUCCAGCUCGAAUGCGGCAUUUUGCUUUGAUCCACCAGAGGUUCAAGGAGAAACAAAUUUUACGGACCCACCAACUGUACGCUUGGGGUCAUUGAGCGUUUCCCCAGAACUUGUUUUCUCGGAGUUAGAAAUUGAAGGGGUUACGUAUUUGAUGCCGUCUCUUCAGUUUUCAUGUGCAGAAAAUGGAGGUGACAAUAAACAAGAACAAACCAUAUUUUAUACAACAUAUUGGUACAUUGACCAUGAACUUGUUUUUGUGUUUGACAACAAGGCAUCUAUAUGCAAGAUAUCUGAAAAUGAUUUAAUGAGUAAUGGAUAUAGCCUAGGAAUAUAUAUGCGAUGCGGAGUGAAAAUGUCUAGCUCUAUUACAGGUUUGAAAAGCGAUCUAACAAUAAGUGACGACUUUUUUGCUGGCAUCGAGUCCAGCGACAAGGUAAUAACUAUGGACAGGAGAGAAAGCUACACAGUUACAUUUACGCCUACAGUUCCCUUUGGUUGUUACCGAGAGGUUGGAGACGAAAGUCAGCUUGGCGACUGUAAACACAAAGUGCAUAUGAUUGUAUCAGCAGAGGAUCAGUGCGUUCUUGAUGAUACAAAUACAGGAGGACGAAAUCCUGUUGCGUAUCAUGACGAUACGCAUGCACUAUGUGGUUUCGAAGUUCAGGGUUGCUACCCUGAUGUGACGGUCCCAUGUGGAAUAACAAUGCAAAAUUAUAACAUGACUUUAACAACUCAAAGUUUCGGCAAUGAUUACACACUAUUCUAUAGCUUCAGACUUGAAACACAGAACGCUGGAACACAUAAGAUUUGGAAGAACUACAAAGUUGAACAAAUUGACAUAAAUAUACAAGAUGGUAUUGAUGUAACGGAUAAAAUAUGCUACUCACACGUUGAUCCACAUAUGCAAACAACAAAAGGAAAGAGAUAUGAGAACAAUGAUGACGAAGGAGAAUUUAUACUUUACUGGAAUAUCGUGUACGAUAUUCAGGUACAAGAAAGAACAACGCUUUGUGAUCAUUUCGGGCGAGCAUUCUGUACGUGUGCUAUUGCUAUACGGUCCGGUGGUGACAUUUUCCUUAUCAAUCUAUGCAAUAAUCUUAAAUUCAUUGGGAUGACUUCGUGUAAGGACAAUUCUCUAGUGAUACAAAAAUACAGCGAACUGGAGUACCAGGUACAAACAAACAUAGGUACGCUUAUCAAAAUUCGCAUACGUCCUUAUGAGAAAUUCCUUGGUUUGAUUUUUGACGAAUUGAUGAACAUUGACAUUGUUAUGGCACCAAAGGACUAUGAAUCUAUACGUGGAUUGUGUGGCCUGUUCGACCUUAAUCAUGAUUUUCAUGACAGAAAUGGUGACCCUAUAGGAUAUCAAAAUAGGAAACAAUUCAUCGAAGAGUGGAAGCUGAGAGACUCUGAUACAAAUUAUUUGACAACAACCUGUAAAGCUGACGUUAUGACAUGGGAAGAAGAAAAUCAAAGGUUAUUUUGUUACUGUAAUUGCUAUGAUACUAACUGUGACACAGUACAAAGCGAGGCAAUAUGUUCUCCAUCACAAUAUCUUAACUGUACUGUUAAUCGAGAAGCAACUAUGACACUUUGUAAUGAGUUUACAGAUCGAUGCAUAACAGAGAAUAGAAAGCGUCGAUCAGCAUUUACGUUUGAUCCCGAAGAAGAAAUGCAAAGAAAGGCAAAACUUUCUCAUCGCACGAAAAUGACCCGUGAAAAGCGUCAGAUAGAAUACAGUAUUUCAAAGGAGAAUGCUACAACGAUGUGUACAGAGAGAAUAACUGGUACUGUGUCUGUGCAACAGUAUUCGGAUUUGUUUGGUGGAUACAAUUAUUCAUCAUUCAUUCAGGAAUGCAUAAUUGAUGUUCACAGCAGUCAAAGUACUCGAUGGAUUAGUGCCCAUGAAACAGCCGCAAAAGAUGCAGUACAGAUCGGCUUCAAGAUGAAUUCAAAUUAUACUUUGACGCAUAACGAUAGACUGGUAGACUUCAAAAUACAGUAUUGUCCAUCAAACUGUAGCGGGAACGGCUAUUGCAAUGAAGAUGGAGUGUGCAAAUGUGAAGCAGGCUUUUUUGGAACUGACUGUGGAAAUGAUAAAACUGAAGCCCCUGGAAUAGACGAUGUUGAAGGCGGAGGAUUUUGUGAUACGCGAUAUGGAAGUGAAUGUCGAUGUUUUGAACUGCAAACAAGGGAUCUUGCUGAAGAAUUUUAUUGUAAAAGAGUUCAUAAAAUGGUUCUCAGAAAUGGAAAUGUUCAAGACCUUGUUACCGAUGUAGUUUCUGGAGCGUUUAAAAAUAUGUUCAUGGGAGAGUGCUGUUUUGAUACUAGACGACGAAGACGAUCGUCUGAAACAACAGAUGACAUUAUUUAUUAUCUUUACGAUGCCUCUAUCAGCAAUGAUGGAAUAAACUUUGGUGCUACGUCCACAGUUUACAUAUAUGAUUCCACAUGUCUGAAUACAAAACCAGAUGGUAAUGGAAAUGUAACUUUUGAAGUAAAGCGCAACACCUGUAUUAUUAAAGGGGUAUGCUACGAAGAUGACAAUGUGGACAUCGACAAUUAUUGUCUAAAGUGCAAGGCGGCAACAGAUCAGUUCAACUGGACAUAUAGCUGUACUGAUUCAGACAACGAAAAAAAGGGUCGUGACAUAAAUACUAUAGCCAUAUCGGUACCAUUAUCGUUGGUUGGAGGAAUUCUGUUGGUGUUUAUUGGCUGUCUGGCUGUCAAGAAACUGAAGCAGCCAUUGUGCACUGUGUCCGCAAUGCCACGAUUCACGGAUGCAAUGGUGAGUGAAAAUAUAGACGCCUGUUUAUACAACGACGUAAACACUGUGUGCCACGAUAACCGCUUGAAACACUAUCAGAAGAACUUUAAUGAAGGAAAAUAGUGUAAAAAUGUGGAAAUGUAAAUCAGUUAUUCUGUUCUGUUUUCAUUCAACAUAAUAUUCUACGUCAUCAAUGUGAGGCAUUUAAGGAUUAAACAAGUAUAAUGAAAAAGCAACAAUGCUUUUGAAAGUACUGUGCCAACACGCCUCAUUCCUUUUUAACGCGUUCUGGCAAUGUAUCCAUUCAGGUGCAAUUUUCUGCACUAAGAAAUAAAAUCAACAGUAGAUAUUUUAAAAAUACGCAUGACACAAUAUUCAAGUGCGCUUGUCGUUAAACGAAAUAUUAAUACCUCAACUAAAGAUGAGCUGACAUCCACUACUAUUUGUUAGACAUUAACAACCAUCGCCAGGGAUGGUAACAAUAGUUACUAGUUAAGCUACAUGCAUAGGUUAAUUAAUGUUGUUGAAUAAACUGUCAAUUCGCCAGUCAAAUGUUUUGAUAAUAUCCUGUUUAAAAGAUUGUUGUUUAAAUGUUUAUAUGUAUUUUAUCAAUGAACUUUGUUUUCACUCAAACAGAAUUUUUAUAAGACAAUGCAUCAUAAAAUGGUCGAUUAAGACAUGUACUGACGUACAAUAUAAACGAUAAUCUACCUUGGCCAUAUGUAUAGUUUGAUCUUUUUAUCUGUUGUAAUCACAACAAUAUAUAUCACUUAUCUAGAUAUGUGACACAUACUGUAGAACACUCUUAUUUUAUGCAGAUAUGUACAAAUAAACUCUACAGAUUUUUAAAAAGUAUUUGAA